AUGGGCAAAGUACUGUUUGUGACGGCUCUAGCCCUGCUGCUGCAUGCACAGCUCGGGUCCUCCUACAUUUUGUCAUGCUACUUCACAAACUGGGCACAGUACAGACCACCCCCCGCCAUUUACAUGCCCAAUGACAUUGACCCAUGUCUGUGUACCCAUCUUCUCUAUGCCUUCGCCACUAUGAAGAACAACGAACUGGCCACCUUCGAGUGGAAUGACGUAGAGCUCUAUAGCCAGUUCAAUGGCCUGAAGAACCAGAAUGGCAACUUGAAGACUCUUCUGUCUGUUGGAGGAUGGAACUUCGGCUCUUCUGGAUUCUCUGCCAUGGUGGCCAGCCCCACCAACCGCCAGACCUUCAUCAACUCUGUGAUAGUGUUUCUGAGGAAGUAUGAGUUUGAUGGUCUGGACAUCGACUGGGAGUACCCAGCCAACAGAGGGAGCCCUCCUCAGGAUCAGCAGCUCUACUCUGUUCUCGUGGAGGAAAUGAGGGCAGCAUUUGAGACUGAGGCUAAGCAGACUAACAAGGCCCGUCUCCUGCUGUCUGCUGCUGUCUCCGCUGGAAGGGAUACCAUCAGCUCUGCUUACGAAAUCCCCAAGCUUGGACAGGCCUUGGACAUGAUCAAUGUCAUGUCAUAUGACUUCCACGGCUCCUGGGAUCCCUUCACUGGAGAGUGCAGCCCCCUGUACAAGAGCCCUGCUGACAAUGGUGGCUUCAUCUACUUCAAUGUGGACUAUGCUAUGAACUACUGGAAGAACCAUGGAGCACCAGCAGAGAAACUGAUGGUUGGGUUCCCCACCUACGGCAACACAUUCACCCUGAGGAAUGCAGCUAACAACGGAAUCGGAGCAUCUAUUGCCGGGGCUGGAACUCCAGGCAAAUACACACAGGAGGCUGGAGAGCUGGCUUACUUUGAGAUCUGUGGGUUUUUGAAAGACGGAGCCACAGAGGUUUGGGACACACCACAGGAUGUGCCGUACGCCUACAAAGGAACCCAGUGGGUGGGCUAUGACAAUGUCAAGAGCUUUGGGAUCAAGGUUGACUGGCUGAAGAAGAACAACUUUGGAGGAGCCAUGGUCUGGACUCUUGAUAUGGAUGACUAUACCGGCACCUACUGUGGCCAGGGAAAAUAUCCUCUCAUCAACGUCCUCAAGAAAGGCCUCAAUCUGGAAUCAGCACCUUGCAAUCCCCCUGCAACUCCCCUGCCCCUUAUUAAGGGAACUACGAAUGGAGGUGAUGAUGGUGGGGACUCUGGAGGCAGCUCGAGCGGAGGCAGUUCCAGUGGAGGCAGCCCCAGCGGUGGGACCACCAGUGGGACCAGUGGCAUGAACAGUAACUUCUGUGUUGGCAAAGCUGCUGGGCUGUACGCCGACCCCAAGAACAAGAACCAGUUCUACAACUGCAGUCAGGGCAAGACCUACUUCCAGUACUGUGCUACUGGCCUGGUCUUCGACACCUCAUGCUCUUGCUGCAACUGGUCCUAAAGUCCCUAUUUCAGAAUGGCAGGUGACAUUUCAUGGUCAGAUACCCUCCAUUUCAGAACUGGAGGCAUCCCUUUUUGACUAUAUAUCCUACAUUAUAUUUCAGAUAGCAAUAAAAAAAAAACUUAUUUCAAUAAAUUGUUCUAAAAUGUUUUGAAUUAUCCCCUUCUUGUGAUCAACUAUUAAUGAAAGCAAAAGAGUUCACUGUCUUAUCUGUUGAAAUAAAAAAACUAGUCAUUCAACUCAUGUUCAAAUGUUUUUAAACAUUUCAACAUUGUGACAAUGAGCAACAAUGAAUACCAAUCCAAAUGCCUUGAAAAUAAAGCACAUUAUUUUCA